GCACAAGGUCGCCCUCAAGGCCCGUCGGAGCGGCGCCAGGACCGUCCUCCUCGUCGGCCCGCUCGCGAGCGGCAAGACGAGCCUGUUCUCCAAGCUCGUGUACGGCCAUGCGCCACAGACGCACACGUCGAUGAAGGAGAACGAGGCCGUCGUCAAGGCCAAGUGGGGCGAGGGCGGCAGCAGCGCGCACGAGCUCGUCGACGACCAGGAGGAGAAGGAGGGUCUUCUCGACGCAGACACCGACCAGACUCGUGCCAGCCCCCUCCCGACCCCGCUCCACCUCGUCGACCUCCCCGGCCACGCUCGCCUGCGCACCCGCGCCCUCGCGCAAUACCUCCCUGCAGCCGACGGUGUCGUCUUUGCGGUCGACGGGCAAGGCGGCCUGACGGGCAAGAACGUGCGCGACGCCGGAGAACACUUCCACAUCCUCCUGUCGCUCCUCUCGCUCCUCUCGACCUCGUCGAACAAACCCGCGCCUCCCGUCCUCGUCCUCCUCACCAAAGCCGACCUCGCCCCCUCGACCUCUACCACUUCAACUUCGAACACCUCGUCGCCCUCCUCCCCCGCCGCCUCGACCGCCUCGUCUCACCUCGCCCUCGACCGCGCCAGGCAGCUCCUCCUGCGCGAGCUCGAGCGCCGCCGCCUCGCGUCGUCCGGCGCCGGCUCGGCGUCGGCCCUCAAGGGCGCGAGCGGCGCCCCUCUGAGCGCCGGCGCGCGCCUCGACGGCCUCGACGCGAUCCCCUCGGGCGCGCCGUCGUCGAGCAAGGGGCCCUGGGCCGCCCUCCUCGGCGCGCUCGGCCUCGCGUCGUCGACCUCGGCGACGGGCGGCAUCGGUGCCCUCGACACGUCGUCGUCGUCGGGCGGCGCAGGAGCAGGCGGCGCAGGCGGCGGCCUCCCGAGCGACGAGUCCGAGGCGCUCGCGCUCGCGGCCGACGACGUGUUUGCGUUCGAGGGCUCGGCGACGUGGGACAAGCUCGAGCGCGCGGUUGGGGUCGAGCUGAGGUGGGCGGUCGCGAGCGUGCGGGGUGGCGCGGCGGGCAAGGGCAAGGGAGGAAAGGAGGGCAAGGGCGUCGACGAGGUGUGGGAGUGGGUCGAGGCGUUGUGAGUGACACUGCAACGACGGCUUCCUCGUGUCUAUCCUC